AUGCCUAUUUUUUCAGAAGACAACUUAAAAGAAGUAACCUGGCCAGAUAAUCCACUUAUUCUUGUUACGUACGAUGAAUGUAUUUUCUUAGCUUAUGAUGGAAGUCAGAGUCUUUGGAUCCCUAAUAGAGAACAACUCUUACGAAAAAAAGGUAUCAGAUAA